AUGCAUUCCGGCGCAAAGGCCGCCACGCGUUCAGUUCCUGGACAUUUAUCCAAGUCCUCUGCAAUCAAAUUGCCACCGAAGGCUGCACAUCAAGCAGACAAUCCUUUUGUUCGCCCAACCUCAUCUUCAGUUCCACGAACAAGUAGCCUCUUUAAGUCUUUAAGUUGCCAGAACAUCAAGGAUUCACGCUCAACUUCUCAGAGCUCUCAGGACUCUCGGGCAUCGAGCCGUGAAAAAAAUCGUAAAGUGCCUGCUGUUCCGAGACAUCACCACAGCUCAAGCACUCUCUCCUCUUUGAACACAAAACUGUCGAGUAGAAGCACACCGCAUAAUAGCACCUCGUCUGUCCUUAAGUCUAACACCUCCUCCGCGACUGCCUCCAUGUCAAGCACGCUGCGGGAUACUCCUCGAAAAGAUGACCGAAUUACUGUCAACAGUGAUCUUUUGUCUAGAGUGGAAAAAGAGAAGAAGCAAAAUCUCAAACAGGAGAAGGAGGAAGCUCAGACUGCCGCAAAGCGGGCCCAGGCGGAGGCCGAGAGCCUGAAGGCCCGUCUAGGUGAUUUUGCGGUUGGCUGUGGUCCGAGCAAAAAUACACAAGAGGAACCGACUGUAUCUUACACGGUUUCUCCCAGUGGCCCAGACUGUACCGAUCAGGGUUCAUCUACGUCCUCUUACCCUCGAAACCGUUCUCGUUCUCCACCAGAAUCCCUUUGCACAACCACGCUCAUGACAUUGGGAGGAGCAACUUCUAACUACCACCCUGACCAUGCCACAGCCUCCCUAUAUAGUGCAUCCAACUGUUCAAAUAGGGACAAUGAGAUGGAUUGCAAUGACGCACUUGCUCUGGAGGACCGUUCCCUGUGUGAUACUCUGGCCUCAAACUCUCUGACAAGAGCCGGUUCCACGCCUCGAGCAUUUGCUGCCCUCACAGCGACUUCAGUAGCUAACCUACAAGGCCGUAUACAUGAGAUGGAGGAAGCCAACUAUACAACUACUGAAGAGCUUCAAGCUACAAUGGAGGAAUUGUGCGAUCUUCAGCGAACUCUGGAUGAAUCACAAGACCAGAAUCGCACCCUGGCCUUUGAGCGCGCCAUCCUCCUGGAGUCUCUAUGCACUCAGACAGCGAAGUUGGAGAAUUGUCGUUUUCAAAUUGAUCAACUUAAGUACUUGCUGAUGACCCAUCCUGACGCCAUGAAUGCAAAUUCACGGGAGUCCAGCUUCGUGGAACUGUAUGCAUCGCUUGAAGAGGAGAAAAAAGUUCUUUUGGCUCAAAACAAUGACCUAGCGCAAAGUAGUGACAGCCUAGCUCAAGAGUGUCGAGUGCUCACGGAGAAGGCAAACCAAUUAUUGACCAGCCUCAACACCCUUGAAGGGGAGCACGAAGCCCUACAGGCUGCCCACAACACCCUUAUUUCUGAACUCAAUACCUUCAAAUCAGAAAAGGAAAAUCUCAUGUCCCCGUCGCAGCCUGUGAUGAUGACGACAACAGGAUCGGAGGUGACUAUAGACGUCGCCCUGGCAUCCGAAAAGCGAGUCCUGGAGACGCGGAUCGAGGAGCUGACAAACUCUUCCAAAUACUGGCAGGAUAAGUUUGAGUUAGCCCAAGCUGAGUACGAACGAGAGGCUACCGAGUGGCGUCUCUACGAGCGAGAUCUUCUAAAGACCGUGCGUGUGGCCGACGGCAUUAAAGCGGAGUCUGAAGAGGAAAUGGCGCGGAUGGCGGUUGAGAACCACGAUCUCCGAGAACAGGUUAGCAGUGUGUACUUAAAAAUCUUAACCAUACAUCCUAUAUUAUCGAAUUUUCGAUUGACCUUUUGCCAAUUUUAUUGGAUACAGAAGUUUAUGCUUUUUAAAGUCACUAGGUCAUGUUUGAGAGCGUUAUUUAAGAUUGAAGUCGCAGCCGUAGGAAAAUUUAGUCGUUUGAAGUGUAAGCCCGAUGCUCCAACGUUUAAUUUAGUUACAUUUUCCUAA